GGCGUGUCCCGGCAGCUCCAGCAGCCUCCUGCUUCUGUCCCGCACAUCAGAGCCGCCUGUCCCGACGCAAGGACGCUGUUCUCCUCCUCUCCUCUCCGGAGCAACAGCAAUCUGCCCCUGGGGAGAGGAACGAGGACCCGGCAUGCAGACACACCGCUGAAAGGACCGGGACGGGAUAUGAUUUUUAUUUAUUUAUUUUUUUAUUUUUUGCUGAGAACUUUUAAUGAUUCUUUAAGAAGAUGCAGGUUUUCCUCAAUGAUCAGUUAAAAUCAGCAGAGGAGGCGCUUCAGCAACCCAUCAACUGGAAUUACUAAUAUAAACACAGAAACUUCUGUAGCAGAAAUUCACUGGGAAACUUUCUUGUCUGUGUUUUUUGGAGAUGGAGCCCGAGGAGGGGAAAGUCUCGGUAUGGGUCUGCCGAGAGGAGAAGCUGAUCUCCGGGCUGACUAAACGAACCACCUGUGCCGACGUUGUGAGGGUUCUGCUGGAGGACCAGAACCUGCAGCAGGGCGCCGCAGCCGCGAUGCUGUCCGGCUCUCCGCAGUCCUACUGCGUGGUGGAGAAGUGGAGGGGCUUCGAGAGGAUUUUGCCCAACAAGACCAAGAUCCUGCGGCUGUGGAGCGCCUGGGGAGACGAGCAGGAGAAUGUCCGGUUCGUCCUUGUGAAGAGCGAAGCUUCGCUGCCCAACAACGGGCCCCGCAGCGCCGAGGCGCGGGUCGUCCCGAGCCGGGAGAGCGGCGGCCCGGGUGGGCUGCUCAAGGGCACCGCUAAGAGCUGCUGGGUCGCCGCGGCGGCUGCUGCCAACAUGUCCCAAGAGAAGCAGAGGCGCAUCGUCCGGAAGGCCUUCAGGAAGUUGGACAAAAUGAACAGAAAGAAGGAACAGACAGUACCUAAGGAUAAAAGUUCAGUGGAGAAGAUGGAGACCCUGGUCCACUUGGUGAUCUCGCAGGAUCACACCAUCCGGCAGCAGAUCCAGAGAAUCAAGGAGCUGGACCGGGAGAUCGAGCGGUACGAGGCCAAAGUGCACUUCGACCGCAUCAAGAGACACGGGGUGAACUACGUGCAGGACACGUACAUGGUGGAGUCCUCCGCGGAGAGCCCGGCUCCAUCCGCGGACGGGAAGCGCAAAGCGGAGCGCCAGGACGUGCGCUGCACGGCGGAGGCGCUGGCGCAGUUCGAGGAGUACGCGCGCCGCUGCGAGGAGGUGGUGCGGCUGCAGGAGGAAGUGACGGAGCGGGAGGCGCUGGUGGAGAGCAUCACCGGGGAGAUCCAGGAGGAGCUGAACCGGCGCUGGAUGAGGCGGCGGCGGGACGAGGGAGCGUCGGAAGAUGCGCAGGACACUGACAGCGCCGCGGAGGAGAUGAGCCUCUGCGAGCCCUCGGAUCCAGCCGUGGAGCCAGAUGUGGAGAGCCUGUCAGAGAACGAGCUCCUGCUGGAGGAGGAGAGGAUAAAAACCCAGCUGGACACGAGUCUGUACAUCGGCCUGAGGCUCAAGACGGACCUGGACGCCAUCAGAGGGGACCUGGACCUGAGUCUGGCACUCUGGGAAACCAAAGAGAGCGAACUGUUGGACCUGCUUGCCAAAGUUGAGACCAUGGAGCUGGAGCAGGCGAACAAACAAUUGACUGACGAUGAAAAGGAAGAACUGCCUGUGAGCCGUGCAGAGGCUGACCCGGGGUCAGUGGAACAGAGCACGGGUUGGGUGGAGCAGGCUAGAGGUCUGUCAAAAGCCUGCAGCAUCAAUGAUGAGGAUUCGGACACGGGCCUGAGCUCAAUGCACAGCCAGGACUCCGACAACCCUCCCGUGUGUGAAUCACUGGUGUAAUGCAUCUUUGUGUCGCAGCAUCUUAGGUUUUUAUGCAGUUCAGUGAGACAAACUCAGUGGCAUCGAGAGAAAUCAGCCUUGGCUUCCUGAAAUAUAUAUAAAAAACACAUCUCUGUGUGACACUGCAACUCUACAGCAAUAAUCUCUGUAAGCUUAGACAGGAAAGCAUGUGUAGUAGAGGCUUGGUAAGAUGUGCUGCUCCAUAAGCUGAUCUCUGGCCUCCAUCUUGGGUCAAAAUAGCAUAAUUUAUUAGAAGAAGUAGCCUGGAGGAGUGUUAUAACUAUUAGCUUAGAAUCCAUUGUCCUGUAACAAGUGCUGAGAUGAACAUGAUCACAGUUCACAGUGUGCUAUAAUGGCGAUGGACAGCAGCUUUGAUGUAAGAGUCAAAAUCGGCUGUGAUGUUUAUUUCAAGAUAUAUUGGCAUGUCAGCUGCAAAGGUGAUAAAAACAGAUCCAAAGAAAACAGUCAUUUCAAAAUAACAGUAAACAAAUCACCACUUGCUGUUUCAUAUUCUGAAUGGUGGAAACUUUGGAAAGACAAACUUGUAAGUUUCACAAAUUUGAAUAAAAACACCAUUGUUUACAUAUCCUGCUAAGCAAAACUGAAGGUUCACGUAAUUAUUAUUUUUUUUUUGUGUCUAUUUUUCUUUGGGUAACAGAUUAUUAUGGGAUAGAUAUGAGGUUCUCUUAGAAUGCUCACCUGACUUAAAUUAUUUUACUUAAAGCAGAAAGUUUACCCUACUGCUGUUCAAACAAGGUAUUUAAGUACCUUACUUCUACAUAUUUUGACUCCAAAGCGUAGAUUCAGUAAAAAUAGAAAAAUAAAACAACCUAAUAACCACCUUUUGGACUUAAAGUUAGUUUUUGUGUGCAGAAAUACUAACAAACUACCAAAUUUUACAUUCUUAUUAGCAUUGAGAAAGCUGAGAGCCUUUCUUUUAGCCAGCUGACUGGUUUUGGGCAGUAACAGGUGUUGGGAGAGAAAACUCCAGUGGUUCUGGCACUUUCUCUGGUCUCUUAAUAAAAGGACUUUGAAUCAGUUUUAGAGGUUUUGAAACAUUUUACAACCUUGACAAUGGCCCAUGUUUAAUCAUAAAUUUAUUUUUCUUUAUUUAUUAAUGUGCCUCUUUUACUGGUCAACUGUCUAAAAAUUAAACACUUAUUUUUUGACACAGUAUGCCAAAGAACCUUUCACUCUUAAAAAAAAAGAAAAGCAAGAAUUAAAUUCUGCAUAUUUUAUAGCUAAAUUUAUAUCUCAAAUCAUCUUAAUCCAAAAAAGAAGGUGUCUCCUUGCUUUUAUUUCCAUCAUUAAAGUUAUGCAGGAAACAAAAGGAAUAGAAUUUCAUCAAAAGGUAAAAGGAAAAAAAAAAGUUAUAAACUAGUGAUGAUCAAUAUUUUGAACAUAUAUUUUAAUGAUGUUAUAUGGGAUGAUAAAAAAGUGUAAAAAAAUACAAAUUCAAGUCCAAUCACAGUUUGCAAUUGGGACAUUUUUCUUUAGUGAGCUCUGAUCGGUGACUGGCAGGUCAAUUAACAAGUCAGAUUAUAUUCCCUGGUCAUUAAAUGCAUCCAAAACUCAAUAAAAACUAAACACUUAUUAGAUGAAGACAUGAAACUAGACAGGUAAACAGUGCCUGGGUUUGAUCAUAUUCUGAAUCACAGCCUUUAUCAGAGACCAACAGAGAUUAAAGUAGAAAAACAGACAAAACAGCAAAAGCAUGCAACAAUCGUAACAAUUGCUUUCAUUAAUUUAUUACCAUCACAAAAUAAAUAUUUUUUGUAAAUUCUUAACUUCCUCCCCACAUUUCUCCCAUCACUAUAGUGAAUAAUUAUCUCAUAUAUAAGUUCACCGUGGUUAAGAGUUGAUCUAGUUGGUCAUUUUUAUAUUAAUUGUAAAAAGUUAGCAUAUUCAACCUAGUUCAGUUCAACUAUAUUGUAAAUUGUCUCUAACCAUUCGUGACUAGCAAAGGAAAAGGUUUAAAAUGAAACAGAUUGCUAGUGAUUGAAGCAGAGAUCUCAUAUCUACCCCCCAUUAAGAUCCAUAAACUGUGGAUCCUACAUUUCACGAUUUUGAGACCUUCGAUCAGAAGACCCUCUGCCUAACUUUUUAAAUCCCACGUCACGGUUUGUCGGAUCAACUUUAGAUCCCUCCGAUGACGUCAUCGGGCCGAUGGAGACGGAACACAUCAUACACCUAUUUUAUUUUAUUUAUUUAUUUAUUUUUUUCCAGACUGGUUUUAGCUCUCCCGACGUUGAACACUAGUGGGUGAAACUGGCGCAGCGCUCCUUUAAAUCCGUUUUUGGAUUAUUGUUGUAACAUCAGUUCGGUUGCUCUAAAGGGCUUUGUUUCCAUGUAAAGCUUCUUAGUCCACCAUAAUCAAUGUGGGCCAAGAAGGCAAGGCUUUUUUUUUUUUUAUAUAUAUAUAUAUAUAUCAAGGUUCAGGUCAAAGAAUUGUUGCUCCUUUUGUCACAGAAAUGUUGUGUAGCGCGCAGUGAGACGGCACGUCUCCGCGCUCGUUAUCUAGUGUGUCGUAAGCAGACCCACGUGAACAUUUUGGGACGUUAGUUUAGAGCAGACUGACACGACGGAAACUGUUACACUGACUUACAGGAGCAACGCUGCGUCUGAAUCCUUACGCCGCUGCACGUGCAAGUCCUUCUGCGAGUUCAAACACCUGUAAGAGAAUUGGACUUUCGAGAUGCUUUCUAGAACAGACCCAUUUAGUAAUCCUGCAGUUGCUGCAUGUCUGAACGCUGUGACAUUAAGGAGAACUAUUUUCAGCUAUGGUUCACUUUUUUUUUAACCCUGAGAAUAGAUGCUGCAGAAAAGUGUUCGCUGUGAUUUCCAGCCGAGCUGGCUCCUCUGAGACCUGCACAGACAACAAGCAUCGCAGCAGAAGUGAUUCAUCACUUUAAGGUCUUACUUCAGUAAAAAAACAAACAAAAAAAAAAAAACAUAAUUUACUUUGUAUGUCGUCAGGAUGUUGUGUUGUCAAACUUAUAUGUCUGACUGUUCAACUGUAAAUGUGAGCAAUAUUAUUUUUGUGACGAUUAGAUUUAAAAAAAAAAAAAGAUGAUACUGUUCCUGUGGAGUUACCAAAAAUGAGCUAAUUUAUGUCUCUUGAUCAGGGACUCUUUUGGCAUCUCACUGACAUUCAUAUUUCUUUUUCUAUAUAUUUGCCACCUAGUUUAGUAACUCUGAAGUAAAAAAAAACAAACA